AUGGCGGCUGCCACCCCCGCGCCGACCCCUGCCAACCGGAGCAUCUUUGUGCACUACCACUUCCACGAGACCGCCAGUCGGCCCUGCGAGGCGUCGCGCAAGCGCACGAGCCUCGAGCUCUUCCUCCAGCGCGCGGUGCUACCCAGCCCUCCGAGCGUCCUAUUCCUCUUUACGCUGAGCGGCCACGCGCUACCGCCGCCCGCCGCCUACUUUGAGAGCAUCGCGCUGCCGCGCGACAAACGCGCAGAGAUCUUCCCGUCGCGCGCCAACGUCCUCGUCCAGACCGUCCCGCCCUCGACCACCGACCUCUGCCACAGGGCGCUCGCCAUUCGAACUGCUCGCUCCCGCUCCCUCCGCAGAGGCGCACCCACGCCCGAGUUCGGGCUGUUCCUCAACGAUGGCGCCCGCGGCCCCUUUCUCCACCCCGAUAGCCCCACCCUCGGCGCGGCGCUCGGCGUACCUCCCUGGCUGGCCAGGUAUGUCGGCGCAUUCUCCGAAGGCGGAGGCGCCAGUGGCAGCGGCAGUGGCGGCAGCGCUCGCAUCGGCGCCGUCGGCGCCUGUUUCUCGUGCCAGAUCGACUCGCACCUACAGAGCUGGGCGAUGAUGGUCGAUUGGCGCCUCUCGGCCCUCCUCCUCGAGCGCUACUCGAAGACCUGCGCCCGGCGGGUCGGCCCUGGCCGCCUGCCUGACGCGGCCAAGCGGGAGGCGGUGGUGGAGGGGGAGGUGCGUCCGAUUGCGCACAUCCUCUCAUUGGGCUAUGCGAUCACUUCCUUCUUUCCGCGCCGGCUGACGGUCACCAACGAGCAGAGGCUGGAGAUGCAGGUGGGGAUGCGAAACUCGGGCUGCACCAACGCCUUUAACAGCCCCGCGAGCUUCCACUCAAUCGGUUUCGGCACGCUCGGCGAGAUGACCUUUGCCAAGGCGGGCGGCGAGCAGUGGAGGCGCGGCCUGAUGCCGCCCUCGUACUCACGCCGGUUGGACGCCGCCACGGCACGGCUGCUCCCGGAGAUGGGACGGGCCAAUGGGGAUUGCAUCGACGACCUCAAGUACGUGUGCUGCCCGGGUGCGACGCGGAGGCAGUGCGGCGGGUCGAGUGGUGGCGCUGCGUGGGCAGGCCCCUUUUCUUGCCCAAAGGACUCGAGCUGCGUCGCGGCGAGCGAUUGCAAGACCGAAGGCGGCGUCCGUAGAAACGGGUCUGCCGGGAUAGCGACGAUGUGA